AUGACACAGCCUCGAUGUCUGACUCAAGACCAAGAAAAGCAAAGCGAAAGUAGAGAAAAUGAUUAUAAGAAUCCAGGUUCUCCGAAGCUGUAUGAUGAUGGAAGCGCACAAAAGAUCGAGGAAAUUGACAAUAUCAGCGUUGAAGACAAUCCGACCUGCCUGCCGGACAUGGCGACCUCGCAAUCUAGUCCAUCAAAAUCAAAUCAUGUUUACUUGAAUGGCAGAACUCUAGAAGGAGGUGGACAGCUAGUUCGUAUUGCCAUCGGGCUAUCUGCUCUGACUGGCCGUCCAGUUAGCAUCGAUCACGUUCGCGGGAACAGGCAGGGAAAGAAAGGGCUAAAGCGAUCGCAUACUGCGGCAGUGAAGCUACUGGCAGAGAUCAGUGGCAGCAAAGUAUCAGGAGUUGAGGUCGGCUCCCAGUUUCUGAACUUCUUUCCACAGUCAACAAGAUCAAAGAGCGGAUCGCUUCUUGACUUGUCACACGUCAACGUGAAAUCCGAAUACAAUAUCAAUCUCACAACUGCUGGUUCUAUCUUUCUUAUUUUUCAAGCUCUCUAUCCAUACCUGCUUUACGUGGGAUCACAGGCGGUUGGGGCUUCUGUGAAGGUGAACAUCACCGGUGGGACAAACACGACUCAUUCCCCAUCAUAUGACUAUGCAUCGCAGGUUAUGGUGCCAAACUUCGUCAAACUUGGGCUUCCUCCUUUGUCCAUUAUCCUUCACAAGCGAGGCUGGUCAUCGGGGCCUCUUGAACUGGGGGCAGUCACCUUCUUCAUCCAUGCACUUGGAUUCCGACAGAGCUUAGAUGAAGAAAUUCAAACCAAGGAACCAGCAGAGAAAGACCGGAGAGCUCGAGGCUUUUGUAGCUUUCCGCGCAUUGAUCUCAUGAGCCACAAACGCGGGCAGAUCACACAUGUUGAUAUCACAGUGCUAGCACCCGACCAACCCACCCUCAAUACUGACUCGGGCGAGGAUACGGGAAGUACUGUUCGCCAAUUCAUCGAACACGUCACACAAUGCACUCUGCGUCGUGCAUUGAAAAAGCUAAAUCCUUCUAUCUUUGUCAAAGAUCCCACUUCAUCUGUACCGGAAGAGGGCCCUCUCAGUAAAUCAGCAGAGGAAGAUACGCCAGUUCCUAUCAAAAUUCACACAUCCGAAGCCACACAGCAUCGCUCCCAUGUUUACAUCCUGAUUGUGGCGCAUACUUCCGCGGGGUUCAGAAUAGGCCACGACAUGCUCGGGAGCUUGGGAGGCGAUCGAUCGUCCAAGCCAAAGCAUAAAGGAAAGCAAAAGCAACAGCCAGCUCAGCGUGAUUGUCAAAGGGAUCUGAUGUUCUCCCAAGCUGCAGCUCUAGUCGACCAAUGUGUGGAAGGAUUCAUUGGGGAGAUUUCAAAUGAUAGUCCGAAUACCAAUUCAGACAAAUUACCUGGGGCCACGGGCAGGAGAUCUUGUCUAGACGAACACAUGAGGGAUCAAAUUGUUGUUUUUGAGGCACUUGGGAGGGUCUGUGAUAGCGAAGGGCAUGGCAUGAAGCCAACCGAACCCGAAGCCUUGGAAGACGAACGAGAUUGGACACUUCAUACCAAGACCGCACAAUGGGUAUGCCAGCAGAUGUUAGAUGUAUAA